CUGAAGCAGCAGGCAGCUAGACAUAACAGCAGGCAGAUCUUCAUCCAUCUCCACCAUGAAGUCAGCAGCAGCUCUCAUCGCUCUUCUGGUCGUCCUGCUGGUCGGAGACGCAAUAGGUCAAAGGGGCAGUCGGGGAAGGUGCAAGUGUCAGGAUGAGGGGGUCCAGUUCAUUCGCCCAAAACUCAUCGAGAGCCUGGAGGUGAUUCCCUCCUCCUCGUCUUGUGACAAAGUGGAGAUAAUUGUCACUAUGAAGAACGGCAAUAAGAAGUGUCUGAACCCAGAGAGCCCAUUUGCUCAGAAUUACAUCAAAUCCAUCGAAAAGAGGAGUGUGGAGAUCAAGCCCUGAGAUGGUCAUCUCACCACAAAGUCAUGACAUCGUCAAAGCAACUAUUUGAAAAUGGCAGCUAUUAAAUUA